AACCAUGUUCAGCGCGGCCGUGAACCCCCGCCCGCGGCCAGCCUCCGCCGCCAUCCUCCGCCUCAACCAGGCCGUGAUGUUCGGCCUCAAAUCCCCCUCCGGCGGCGGCGGAGCCAAGUGCAUGGCGACGUACAGCGUGAAGCUGAUAACCCCGUCGGGGGAGCUGAGAUUCGAGUGCGACGACGACGUUUACAUAGUGGACAAGGCGGAGGAGGAAGGGCUCGAUGUGCCGUUCGCGUGCCGCGCGGGGUCGUGCUCCGCCUGCGCCGGAAAGCUGGUCAGCGGCGGCGUUGACCAGUCCGACGGCAGCUUCCUCGACGACGAACAGAUCGACGCCGGCUGGGUGCUGACGUGUAUCGCCUACCCCACUUCUGACGUCACCAUUGUGACUCACAGGGAGGAGGAGCUCACUGGUUGAUUCAUCAUAUAUAAAUCAUUUUUCUUUUUAUUAUUAUUAUUAUAUUAUUAUUUGUUAAAUUUUUU